GAGUACUUCCGGGUCGUAGAGUGUCGACUUCCUGUCCGCCAGGAUACGCUUGGCUUGGUGUACGUGGCUAUUUCUCGUCCUUGGAGAAGAAGUCCGCCUUCCAUCCGUAGCGAGUUCUAGUGUUUCAUCAGGCAUCCCUGUGUCAACUAAGAUCCAGGAAUUGAUCCCGAUAUUGCUGAUAUGGCAACAACAGACAGCAUGCAGGGUUUGGAUGACGUCAGGAGAGGAGCAGCAGGGGGUUCUGCCAACAGUGUUCUCACCUGGCAAGGAGACAGACGUGAGGAGUCUGGGGAGGAGUCCGGUAGGAGAGGCAAAGGUGUGAGAGUGUACAGGUGUGAGGAGUGCAGCAAGCAGUUCAGUAAGCUGAGUAAUCUGAAGACUCACAUGCGGACUCACACAGGGGAGAAACCCUACAGGUGUGAGGAGUGUAGCAGGCAGUUCAGUGAGCUGGGUCAUCUGAAAACUCACAUACGGAUUCACACAGGGGAGAAACCCUACAGGUGUGAGGAGUGCAGCAGGCAGUUCAGUCAGCUGAGUGUUUUGAAGAGGCACAUGCAGACUCACACAGGGGAGAAACCCUACAGGUGUGAGGAGUGCAGCAAGGAGUUCAGUAGGCUUGAUGAUCUGAAAAGGCACAUUCGGACUCACACAGGUGAGAAACCCUACAGGUGUGAAGAGUGCAGCAGGCAGUUCAGUCAGCUGGGUGAUCUGAAGGUACACAUGCGGACUCACACAGGGGAGAAACCCUACAGGUGUGAGGAGUGUAGCAGGCAGUUCAGUGUUCUGAGUGCCUUGAAGACUCACAUGCGUUCUCACACAGGGGAAAAACCUUACAGGUGUGAGGAAUGCAGUAAGCAAUUCAGUCAUCUGAGUCAAUUGAAGACUCACAUACGGACUCACACAGGGGAGAAACCCUACAGGUGUGAGAAAUGCAGCAGUCAGUUCAGUCAGCUGGGUUCUCUGAAGAAACAUAUGCGGACUCACACAGGGGAGAAACCCUACAUGUGUGAGAAGUGCAGCAGGCAGUUCAGGCACCUGGGUGCCCUGAAGAUACACAUGCGGACUCACACUGGAAAAACUGAAGGUGUAAGUUCUGUGAACUAGGAAGUCUGAAGAGAGGUGUACUCACAUG